AUGCCCCGCAAAGGAAACCGCAAAAUAUCCAGUGAAGUUGCAUCUAACGCGGCUACGUUCAGAGUUCGGAAGAUAAAAUGCGAUGAGACGAAGCCGGUCUGCGUGAAAUGUUCCGGGACCGGUCGAAAAUGCGACGGCUACACGGCGCUGAUCCUGGCACGCCCGGCCAGACCGCAGCUUUGCCCGGCAAAGUCACCGGACGAAUUCCCGGGUUCCCUUGUCAUCGCUAUUAGCGCAUUAUAUGAAGAUGUCACCAUGACGAGUGCGAAAGCGAAUAACGGCAGCUCACAGAUUCGAUUUCUGCGAGAUAACAACCUCGCAUUAGCUCACUAUAACAUUGCGAUCAAACAUCUGCUAGUCAUGGAGAACAAGGGGCUGGUGGUACUCGUUUGCCUCUUGUUCAUCUGUAUCGAGACCUUACAGUCAAAUCGCGAAGCUGCUCUUCAACAUAGUACUCACGGGACGAUAAUUCUGGGGACCUCCGAUGCUCUCUCUUAUCGAUGGGUCAAGCAAUGGGUGCUGCCAAUGUUCCGCCGCCUCAAUACCCUCAACUUCUGGUUCGGUGAAGGGCCUGACCUACCCGACCUCGAGGUUUUCAAAUAUCCAACUCCAGCGCAAUUUACUAGUUAUGACGAGGCGGGAGGCAUGAUCGAUGAUGUCUUCAACCAGGCAUUCCAGCUUCUCUGCCAGAGCUACAUCUACCGAGGCGGGCUCAUGAGAGGCCGGGACCCGCCUCCGGAGUUAUUGGGUCAGCAGCAGAAAAUCUUACGUUUACUCAACGACUGGCAUACGUUAUUCGAAGACCUGGAGACGAGAUUGAUGACCACAACCAAAAGCUACGCUGCAACAAAAACUAAUAAGGGGGCUUCUCGAACGUUCUCCUUAGUUCGGUACCAUAUCUGUCGAAUCUGGUCCAACAUAGCCUUUGCCUCGUCAGAAAUGGUGUACGACGAGCACUUCGACGACUAUCAGACCACAGUGGAAGAAAUGCUAAAGACAGUGGAAAACCGAGCUCCAGGCCGCCAAAGCAAAUUUGAGUUCGAAAUGGGCUUCAUCGCGCCAAUCCUGUUUCUCGUCAUGAAGUGUCGAUAUCUCAGUCUUCGAUUGAAGGCACUUCAGUGCCUGGCCGUUCUCCCGGCGCCAAGAGAAGCACUCUGGGAGAGGGAUGGCAUGUAUGCGGUGGCACGGCGUAUGGUGGAGGUAGAACACGGCGUGAUUCUGGAUAGGUAUGGACAGAUACCGCCUGGAGUCGAGCCUUUGCGUCCGGGGUUGCCUGUCAAGACCAUGCGAGUGGAGCAGUUCGUCACUGAGACGCUUGAUAUGACCGGCAGGGACGUCUUCGGCCGCAAGGUCCGGGGGACUAAGGUGAUUUUCUUCAUGCGUGCGGCAGACGACUCUGUUCGUCUUGUCCCAGACGUGCUUCCUGGUGCUGGCGUCGAACUACCCGAGUGGUCUCUAAAAUGGGCAUACGAUAGUAUUUCUUCGGACACAAGUGGUGGACGAGAAGCGCAAAAUAUUGUCGAUGACUCAGAGGUGAUGGCUCUCACUCAGGCAUAUCAACAAAGGCUCAUGGGUAGUCGAAAGGAAUAA